AUGGGGAAGAGCAAUCAGAUUGGAAAGGCAAGACUCGACAAGUAUUACAAUCUUGCAAAGGAAAAGGGAUACAGGGCACGGUCUGCAUUCAAGCUGAUACAGAUGAACAGGAAGUAUGGGUUUUUGGAGAAUGCGCACAUCUUGAUUGAUCUGUGUGCAGCGCCGGGGUCGUGGUCGCAAGUAGCUGCGCAGGAGAUGCCGCUGCGCAAGAAGAUUGUUGCAAUAGAUAUUGAGCCAAUAAAGUUUAUUGGAGAUGUUGAGACUGUGGUUGCAGACAUAACAGGUGAGCAUUGCAGGUCUGAAUUAAAGAGGAUUCUUGGGAAUCACAAGGCAGACGUGAUUCUGAACGAUGGGGCGCCAAAUGUGGGCACGUCGUGGGAGAACGAUGCAUUCAAUCAGAAUCUGCUUGUAUUGCAUUCUAUAAAGCUAGCAAGCGAGUUUUUGAAGAAGGACGGUGUGUUUGUAACUAAGAUCUUCCGUUCUCAAGACUACUUUUCUUUAUUAGAUGUGAUGUCUCGACUGUUCAAUGUUGUUGAGACAUCGAAGCCUCUGAGUUCAAGAUUGCAGAGUGCAGAGAUAUUUCUGGUAUGUAUGGGGUUUGUUGGAGAAGAAGGAGUUGAAUCUGGAAUGCUUGAGCCGUCUGCAGUGUUCAAGGAAGAGAAGGAAGCUGGAGGAUAUGAAGAUUUUAACUUCUAUAAGAAGCUGAAGCUUACGGAUUUUCUGAUGGAAGACGAUCCGCAGAUACUAUCUGGGAUGUUUCUGAAGUAUUCUGAGAUUGUGAUUGAUGUGAGCAAGGAAACUGCGGAUAAGAUCCUAGAGCCUGAGAUGAUUGAAUUAUUUAAGGAUCUGAAGGUGCUUGGCAGGGGAGAUGUACGAACAAUAAUGAAGAAAAGAAAGAACAUAUUGAAGAUGGUAAGAGAGGGAAAUAUUGAAAUUGAGGAACUAAACUUUUUAAAAGUAGAGAAUGAAGAAGAGUCUGAGGAGGAGUUUGAAGAGAAGCAGAAGAGUGUUGAAGAGAAGAUCGAGGAGAUCCGUGCAGAGAUGGAUAAGAGGGCAAGGGCUGAAGAUAGGAAAAGAAAGCAGGUUUAUAUAGAAGACAAGAUGUGUUUUUUGAACGAUAAUGUUUUUGAGAAGCUUAGGAUGAUAAAGGAAAAUACGGAGAUGAAGGAAGAAGAGAAUGAUGUUGGGCAAAGCAGAGAUAUAGAAGUUAGCAGCUGUUCAGAUAGUCUUGAUCUUGAUGAGGAGGAGAUGAUGUGUGUUGCAAGACUAAAGGAGAAUCCGGAUGCAUUUAUUGAGGACACGAUUGACAGAAACAUCCGUGACCCAAAUGAAAAGUUGCCAAAUUAUUUACGCGAGGAUCAGGCGAUGUUCUAUUCAAGACGGUCUAAAGCAGAUGAAACUCGAAUGACGAAGAAGGAGAAAGAGGCACUGAUGAGGCGAAGAACACGUGCUGAAAGGCGAGCAGAGAUAUUCAUGAAGGAUCUUAUUGUUGAUGAUUCAGAGGAGGAGGGAAAGAUAGCAAAGAAGGUAUAUCGAUCGUCAUUCAAGAAGACCAAAGCGAAGCCGAGGAUUGUAUUUUCGAAGAAGAAGGGAUGCGGAAUACCGAGAGGAAAGGGAAGGCUUGUGAUGCUAGACAAGCGAAUGAAGAAGGACAAACGAGUCAAGAAGGCAUAA